UGUGUCCUUCGGUCACAAUAUCAGUCAAUCAAUUUGAGAUGGAGCAAGAAAGAGGAGGAAUUGUUUAGCAAUUGGAAUUACUGAAUUGAGUCAAAAUGUCUGCUUCAUUACUGUCCAAGCGUUCAAUGUCCAUGUCGGACCAGCAAGAAGCGCGACAGUCACUACUUCGUGCAGUAAAAAAGGAGGUGAAGCAGAUAAUGGAGGAAGCGGUGACUCGUAAAUUUGUCCAUGAGGAAAGCAGCAGUAUUACCUCCCUUUGUGGGGCAGUUGAAGCAUGUUUACUCCAUGGGCUACGGAAGCGAGCACUGGGCCUCUUUAAAUUCAGCAAUACAACAGCAUUAUUACAGAAGGUUUCCAAAUCAUUUGAGCCGGCCAUGUCUGUUGUCAAACUGGUCAGCGAGAUUGAGCUAAACAAUGACUCUUCAAGAAAAUCACUGGAUACAAACAAAAAUCAAACCAAACGUCAGACCUCAACUAUCUCAUUUAGCCCAAAAUAUCUCUGGAUACGGGUUGCCAUAUUUGAAAAACAGCUUGCCAAAAUACUUGACUACCUGGUACAGAAUAACAGCAAAUACUAUGAAGCCUUUGCAUUGAUAUCAGAUCCUGUAGAUGGCCCGAUAUUGGCAUCUUUAUUAGUUGGACCAUGUGCUCUAGACUAUACAAAGAUGAAAACCUCUGAUCAUUUCUGGACAGACCCUCCUGCUGAUGAGCUCGUGCAGAGACACAGAAUCCACUCUGGAGGUCAUCACAUGACCUCUGGUGCAGGGUCACCAGGCUCACCUAAACGACCUGGCCUACAGGUAAGGCCGCAGCAGUUUCGGCGAAACCAGAGUAGCAGUAGUGAGGAAAGUUCCAAAAGUUUCCACUUGUCGGCGCGGGAAUAUGUGGAAUCUCUGCAUCAGAACUCGAGAACGACCUUACUGUAUGGAAAGAACAAUGUCUUGGUUCAGCCGAAAGAAGGUGUAGAGGCCCUACCUGGGUAUUUAUCAUUACAUCAAACUGUAGAGGGCCUCACCAUCAUGUGGACUCCAAAUCAGUUAAUGAAUGGUUGCUGUGAGGUCAAGGAUGAGGACUUGGACAGAAGUAUACUUUGGGAUUAUGCAUUGACCAUAUUUCUGGAUGAAAUAGUCUACAUACACUGCCAUCAGCAACCGGACUGCCGAGGUACAAUUGUUCUGGUUGGCCAGGACGGUGUACAGCGGCCUCCCAUCCAUUUUCCCAAGGGAGGACACCUGUUAGCAUUCUUGUCAUGUUUGGAGACAGGGUUACUUCCCCAUGGGCAGCUGGAUCCACCAUUGUGGUCACAACGCGGUAAAGGCAAAGUUUUUCCAAAGUUGAAACGGAAGGGGAGUAGAUUGUCUAACCUGUCAUCAAGUAGUAAGGAGGGAAGCACUAGCUCUACAUCAAGUACGAGUACCGAUUUGGAGGAAGAGGCCACUGAUUAUGUAUUUAGAAUUGUGAAGGUUUUCAAACCAGACAAUAUACCACCAGAAGUGUUAGAUCCAAAAGCUAAAUUUCGCCCAGCAGAUUUACUACCAUGGGCGCUCACACGGAUACCCAGAGGUCCGAGCCCACUAGCCCAAAACACAGUGCAAACUUACGCAAUGGUACAAGAGGAGCAGAACAAUACAUGUUUGACACGCGUUGGUAGUACGCAAAGGCAAGGAAACACGAUAAAACAGUUGUGUGAUACAAUGAGAAAGCAGAUCAUCUCCAGGGCAUUUUAUGGAUGGUUAGCCCACUGUAGGCACUUAAAGACUGUGAGAACACAUCUGUCUGGGCUGGUACUACAUAGAAUAUUUCCUGUUGAUCAACCAUACGAUGCAUCCAAAGGUCUCACACAAGAGGUCUGGUCACAGAUGGGAAAAUUUGGAACGGUAACAGGAUACCCUGAAGUAUUUAGGCUUGUGUACUAUGGUGGAAUAGAGCACAGUAUCAGGAAGGAGGUUUGGCCAUACUUGCUAGGGCAUUACAAGUUUGACAGCAGCCCCGAAGAUAGAGACUAUCUUGAUAAGAAAACACAAAAUUUAUAUGAACGGACAAUGUCCGAAUGGUUAGCCGUGGAGGCUAUUGUUAGACAAAGGGAGAAAGAAAUUAUGGCAGCUAACUUGGCCAAAAUGUCAUCAGAGAGCACAGAUGGUAAUAUUCCUUUAGUGCGAAAAGACUCGAGUCUUGAUAAUGACGUGUUUUUAUCACAGAGUUUUGAUUCUGAUGAGUUUUCUCAUCCGGACACUGUUCCUGAAGAAAGUAGUGCAACAGGAACUACUUGUUGUACACCAGACAGAAAACAGAGUAUGGAUUUACAUUUUGAAUUGAGUGAUAAGAUCACACAGACAGAUUCUUUCUCUGUGAUCGAGAAACGUGAAUAUUUAACGUCAUACACCACAGAUAGUCCCGAUGACGGGUUAGGAGACUCAAUAGCAAGACAAAGUUCCCAGGAACGACUUAAACUCGAUUCAGCAGGUGAUUCAGAAAGCACAGACACUUCUAAAUUUGACAGAGAGUGUAGUAUUGAACGGCAAGGACUAACAAAAUUUUCAGCAGGAAGUUCCGGUGUUGAGGAAGAUGCUGAAAAUGAAGCAGACGAUGAAGGUGAAGAGGAUGAAGAUGAAGGAGACCAAGAAGAAGAAAUGGAACAAGAUGACGGGGAAGAUGUUAUGUUGGUUGUAUCACAGGAUUCCACAGAGAAGGAAGAAGAUAAAGCCUCACAGGUCACUGUAAUGGUUGAUGGUGGAGAAACACCUGUUGUUGAUGAACGUGUGAGGCAAUUAUCAACUUCCAAAGAGAGUUUAAUGUCCCCAGCCUCACCAGCAUCCAAUGGAGGAAUCUAUGCUCCGGAACUUUUGGACAAUGUGGCACUUAAUCUGCACCGUAUUGAUAAGGAUGUACAGAGAUGUGACAGAAACUACUGGUACUUUACGCCCGAUAAUCUUGAGAAACUUCGUAACAUCAUGUGCACGUAUGUAUGGGAGCAUCUAGAUGUUGGUUAUGUACAGGGCAUGUGUGAUCUAUUGGCACCAUUGCUUGUCAUCAUUGAUGAUGAGGCAAAGACUUACAGCUGUUUCUGUGAAUUAAUGAAGAGAAUGUGCAGCAACUUCCCACACGGAGGAGCAAUGGACACACACUUUGCAAAUAUGAGAUCUCUAAUACAGAUAUUAGAUUCAGAAUUGUUUGAGCAUAUGCAUCACCAUGGCGACUAUACACAUUUCUAUUUUUGCUACAGAUGGUUUUUGCUUGACUUUAAAAGAGAAUUUGUAUAUAAUGACAUCUUUCUCAUAUGGGAGACAAUCUGGGCAGCCAAGUACAUCAGCUCGGCCAACUUUGUCUUGUUUAUAGCACUGGCUAUGGUAGAGUACUACAGAGAUAUUAUCCUAGACAAUAACAUGGACUUUACAGAUAUUAUCAAAUUCUUUAAUGAAAUGGCAGAGAGGCAUGAUGCCAGACAGGUUCUGAAGAUUGCACGAGAACUCAUCCUGCGACAACAAACUCUCAUCGACAACAAGUGAUGAGUGAUUAACAGCAGGUGAUGAAUUGAUUGGUAACCAGUGAUGAUUAAUUGACAGUGAUAACUGAUGUGACAGCUGAUUACUGAAGGAAACAAGAUUGUAUUUUCAUUCAGCACAAAUUUUAUUGAAUUGAUGCAGAAUGUUUAUCUUCCAAUCUGUCUGAUACAUGGCAGGAAGCAUUUUACAGUUUGGAAUUAAAGCAGUAUUUUUUGUUCAACUACGUAUUUUCUAGGCAAAUGUGUUCCUGGAAAUUUGUCCCAGUUUAAAUAGGACAGAUGAUUUUUCACCAGAUCAGUGCAAUACUCCAGCUAAAAAUUACAAAUCAUGCAUUUAAAAUGGCAUGCUUACAAAGUUAACUGAUUAACUUGCAUUAUAUGCUUAUUUUUUCUUGAAAAAAAUAAAAAAGAAACAAACUAACGUUUCUACCUCACAAACACAACAAGCUUGAGAGCAAUUGUAUUUUUAAAAAUAACUUUAAAUUCACUGAAUAGUAGAGAUCUUUUUCUUAACUUGGGCCCAUUUCCUUCUUCACACCAGUUAAAACAUCUCUAUAGUAUGACACAUAAAAAAUGAUUUUUGAAGCUACUACUGCCUCCUGCACAUUCUUUUACUGUCAUAUCUUAUAACUGUAUUAUUUUCAGCAUACAUUUAUUUUCAGAGAUAUGCAAUUAAAUUGUCAGAUCAGCAUUAAAUCAUUUUUAAAUUUUUUUUUUUUUGCUGAAAAGUACUAAGAAAUGCUUCUGUUCACAUAUGCUAUUGCUAUCUUUAAUUCAUGUUAUGACUAUUCUAAACAACUUUUUGACAUCAGUUUUAGAAUUUUUUGUACAGCAGUUAAUGUCUUAUACAAAUGUAAACGUGCAAGUUCAAAAAUGCUAAAUUAUGACCAGAAAUGAUUCUAAAUUUCAUUUUUGAGCACAUUAUAUCUAAAGUCAGUUUCAUUUGUGAACACAGUGAUAUCUAAAGUCAGUUUUAUUUUUGAACACAGUAUAUCUAAAGUCAGUUUUAUUUUUGAACACGGUAUAUCUAAAGUCAGUUUCAUUUUUGAAAACAGUAUAUCUAAAGUCAGUUUCAUUUUUGAACACAGUAUAUCUAAAGUCAGUUUUAUUUUUGGACACAUUAUAUCUAAAGUCAGUUUCAUUUUUGGACACAGUAUAUCUAAAGUCAGUUUUAUUUUUGAAAACAGUAUAUCUUAAGUCAGUUUCAUUUUUGAACACAGUAUAUCUAAAGUCAGUUUUAUUUUUGAAAACAGUAUAUCUGAAGUCAGUUUAUUUUUGAACACAGUAUAUCCAAAGUCAGUUUCAUUUUUGAAAACAGUAUAUCUGAAGUCAGUUUCAUUUUUGAACACAGUAUAUCUAAAGUCAGUUUUAUUUAAUUCUUAGGGCAUAUUUUCUGGAAGUAUGACAUGUAACCUACCUUCCUGACCAGAUGAUGUGAAUAUAGUUUUGUUUUUAUGUGUUUUAUUCUUCUGAACAUGGGACCAGUUUAAUAGAUUUAUUUAUUUUCAUAUUUCUUUGACAAUGUCAAAAUGAUCAAAUUGUUCUUUUCCAGACAUUAUGUAUAAUAUUAUUAUGAUAGUUCAUGUUACAUUGAUUUUGCAUAAUUUAAUUUAUUGCAAAUUACAGAACUUUUUAGUAGUUAAAGAUGUAAAUUUAAAGAGAAAAAUUGUGUGUUUUUUUAAGUUUCCACAAACCAAAAUUUUCCACAUAUGUGAUGGAACUAUAUGCUACUAAAUGUUUGAAAAAUAGUUAUAUUUUCACCGGGUUUACUUACUGUACUUACUGUAUUAUGUAACAUGUACAUGCCCCACAAUAAUAAAACUGUAGGUAUAUUGCAGCCCAGUGAAUUAUUUAUUGAACAUAUACUUAACCCUGAAGUUUUCAGAAUGUGAUUAAAAUAUUAAUUUGUAGUUUUAUAUGUUUCACUUUUGUUAAAGAAAAGGAAUGUCAUAAUAUUCUUACAAACAAGCAUAUCAGCAUUUUUUUCGUUGGUAUAUUAACCUAUGACUUUGGACUAUUAUUGAUACAAUUUUUUUCUAUGAGAACUGUAAUAUUAUAUUUUUUGUGUCCUCCCCCCUUCCCCCACACUUUUCUGUCUGUCUUUCCUUCCAUUCAAAUUUGUGUCAAGCAUAACUCAAAAAGUUUUUGACCGAAAGACAUCAAACCUGACAGGAUUGUUAUUUGGCAUGUGAAGUUGUACACCAGAUGUUUUAACUAGGAAUUCACACAUCACUACCAGAGUUAUGGUCCUUGACUUUGUCAAAAAUAUGCAUAAAAAAGGGCAUACAGGUUUGUGUUGCAUGUAUCUUUAAAAGUAUUUUACUUAAGAUUAGAAACAUUACAGGAAUAUUAUCCACCAUGUAAAGUUGAGAACCUUACAUUUUGUUCAGACCAGUGUUAUGGCCCUUGACUUAGUAAAAAAAUGCAUAAAAUGGCAUAAAAGUUAGUGUCGCACCUAUCAUAAAACGUGUUUGACCUAUCAAAAGAAUAUUAUUCAGCAUGUGAAGUUGUGCAACUGGGGUUUUGUUCCACAUUUCUGUCAUUCAGACCAGAAUUAUGGCCCUUAAUUGCUAAAAAUAUGCAUAAAAGGCAUACAAGUUUGUGACGCAUGUAUGUCAAACAAUAUUUAACUUAAGAGUCAUAAAAAAUAUAAGAGGAUUGUUAUAUAGCAUGUGAAGUUUUGCACUUUGUGUUCUGUUUGGAAUUCCACUCAACCAGAUCAGUGUUAUGGUUCUUGACUUACUGAAAAACAUACAUAAAGUGCUUAGAAGUGUUUUAUGUUGCAUACAUCUCAAAAAAUAUUUCCCUGUAGUCAUGAAACUACUUAGGAAUAUUAUUCAGCAUUUCAAUAUUUUACUCUUGAGUAGGGGGUGGGGUGGAGGAAAGGGCACCAAUGACACACAUUUAGUUUAUACAGUUAAACACUGUUUGCCUCAACAUGGAUAGCUCAAGCUCCUGGGUACACUCUAACAAUCAUCAACCUUAUUUCUUACAUGUUUUAAUGAGGACUACUCAAAUCCCGACAAUAUUCAAACAUUUUGCUCAUCCCUAGGUGACCUCAAGUCUUGCUGUAAUUAGUCUGGUUUUACAUUUAAAAUUUAUCAGGUAAUGUCAUGGGUACUGUAUAUACUCGCAUAUAAGGCAGAUCACUUGUAAGACACGGUCCCAAAUUUACACCAAAAAUCGGCAGUAUUUUACUAAGACCAUCUUAUAAGACGGGUUCAAUUUUCUUUUUUAGCUCAUCUGAUUUUUUGAAAAAAAAUGAUGAGUUAUUGUCAUCACUUGAGCGGUUGUCGGCGUCGGCGUCGGCGUCUGCGUCGGCGUUGCCUGGUUAAGUUUUAUGUUUAGGUCAGCUUUUCUCCUAAACUAUCAAAGCUAUUGCUUUGAAACUUGGAAUACUUGUUCACCAUCAUAAGCUGACCCUGUAUAGCAAGAAACAUAACUCCAUCUUGCUUUUUGCAAGAUUUAUGGCCCCUUUUGUACUUAGAAAAUAUCAGAUUUCUUGGUUAAGUUUUAUGUUUAGGUCAACUUUUCUCCUAAACUAUCAAAGCUAUUGCUUUGAAACUUGGAAUACUUGUUCACCAUCAUAAGCAGACCCUGUACAUCAAGAAACAUAACUCCAUCUUGCUUUUUGCAAGAUUUAUUGCCCCUUUUGGACUUAGAAAAUCAGUUUUCUUGGUUAAGUUUUAUGUUUAGGUCAGCUUUUAUCCUAAACUAUCAAAGCUAUUGCUUUAAAACUUGCAACACUUGUUCACCAUCAUAAGUUGACCCUGUAUAGCAAGAAACAUAACUCUGUCCUGCUUUUUGCAAGAUUUAUGGCCCCUUUUGGACUUAGAAAAUAUCAGAUUUCUUGGUUAAGUUUUAUGUUUAGGUCAAGUUUUUCUCUUAAACUAUCAAAGCUAUUGCUUUGAAACUUGCAACACUUGUUCACCAUCAUAAGCUGACCCUGUACAGCAAGCAACAUAACUCCAUCCUGCUUUUUGCAAUAGUUAUUGCCCCUUUUGGACUUAGAAAAUCAUUUUCUUGGUUGAGUAUUAUGUUUAAGUCAACUUAUCUCAUAAACUAUCAAAGCUAUUGCUUUAAAACUUGCAACAGUUUUUCACCAUCAUAAGUGGACACUGUACAACAAGAAACAUAACUCUAUCCUGCUUUUUGCAAGAAUGAUGGCCCUUUUUAGACUUAGAAAAUCAAGGGUAGGACAAUAUUUCUAUUACACAAAAAAAAUCAGAUGAGCGUCAGCACCCGCAAGGCGGUGCUCUUGUUUUUAAUUUGUGGGACCUUUCGUCAUCAUCUUUGAACUAUUGCAUUUGUAACUGUGUAUGUUCAUUUCCUUAUGACCAUUAAAUGUUUAAAUGAUUUUGGCAUUUUCAAAAUUAUAAUGUUUAACUUUCUGCUCUUUAUACAGGGUUAAAUAAUUUCAUUUCUGUAAAAAAAAAUCAAAAAAAUCUGUAUUUUGUUGUGUGGAAUCUCCUGCAUUUUGGGUGGUACAUUGCACAUCCAGUGUGGAAUCUCCUGUAUUCUGUAUGGAAUCUCCUUAAUUUUGAAUAUUAUAUAUUAAGUUUGUGUAAUCUCUUCAUUAGAUAUAGAAUCUUGUGUAUUAAAUAAUCAGUUUUGUUAAGUUGGCCACUAUCAGUUAAUUGCUAGAUGGAAAAUUGCUCAUUUUCACAUUUUAAAUCUGAUGUCAGUUUUAUGUUAUAUCCUGUUCUUCUUUUUAAUACCAUUUUGUCAAACAACAUUUUGGAUUUCUUUUUUUUCUUUUCUGUCUGAAGUUUUGGAGCAAACAAAAGACUGAUGUUACAAUGAAAGAAAUUAAAAAGACAACAACAUGGGUUUGCUGACUGUAAUUAGAUAAAAACAUUGGUCAAGAUGCAUAUGAAUGGUGUAUUUUGAAACCUACUGAAAGCAGAAAGUAAAUCAGUAAAAAUCACAGUAUUACUUGCUAAGGCAUUUUUACAAGACUGUUAAUCAAUAUAAGUAACAUGACUGCUUGAUAAGGCAUUUUACAAGAAUGUUAAUCAGUAAAAGUCACAUUAUUACUUGCUAAGGCAUUUUUGUUAAUCAAUACAAGUAACGUGACUGCUUGAUAAGGCAUUUUACAAGAAUGUUCAUCAGUAAAUGCCACAUGAUUACUUGAUAAGUGUUAAUUAGUAAAAGUCACAUUAUUACUUGCUAAGGCAUUUUUACAAGAAUGUUAAUCAAUAUAAGUAACAUGACUGCUUGAGAAGAAUUUUAAUCAGUAAAAUCACAUAAUUACUUGAUAAGGCAUUUUACAAGAAUGUUUAGUCACAUAAUUACUUGACAAGGCAUUUUACAAGAAUGUUUAUCAGUAUAAGUCACAUGAUUACUUGACAAGGCAUUUUACAAGAAUGUGUAGUCACAUAAUUACUUCACAAGGCAUUUUACAAGAAUGUUUAUCAGUAUAAGUCACAUGAUUACUUGACAAGGCAUUUUACAGUGUCAUUUAGCAGUUAACUGAUGGUGGCCUUCUGACUUGUAUAUUUAUUGUUAUCCCACCGAAUUCCAAAACAAAAUGUUAUGAAUCAGGGCAUGUGCAAUAGUAUUUAUUUAUAUAUCAAUGCAAAUGUAGUUUAUUAGUUUUGUGUUAUUUGCUCAACUGAGCAGUAUGUCUGAAAAGAGCUUUUUUCUGAUCACAUUUUGUUUGGCAUAAUUCGUAUUUUUGUAUAUUCAUUACGAUUUGUCUCAUGUUGUUGUAAUCCAUGUGGACAUACAAGCCCUGACCAAUGCCAGAUCUUAUCCCACUUUAUAUAUUUACCUAUAUAAGUUCUGUCCAAAAUGCGGCUUGUAUUUCACAAGUAAAUAUGAACAGGCAGAAAAAAAAUCCGUAUUGUACCUUUUGUAUUGUAUGUUGCUGGACUACUUUCAUUGAAUUUGCAUGACCUGACACAGUUCUAUAAGUAGCACACAUAGAAACUACACUUGGUCCUGUUUUAACUUCAAUAAACAUUGAAGAUUUCGUUUGAUAACAAAACAACAAACAAAAAGGUGCAGGUAUAUAAUAAAAGGGUCAUUAUAACAUUAGCUAGUUCUGGGAUUUUGUAUUUGGCUGUUACGGAUUUUGCCAGGUGGGAAUCACACUCGGCACUUGUGUGCCUCGUUUGAUCGGACUUGGCAAAAUCAUUCUUUCAUGUUUCAGUGUCUACAUAACUUGAAUUUUGGUGAAGUCUUUUACAAGUUGGUUGAAAUCAUUUUAUUGUGAUAUAAGAAGGAUUAUUAUAAAAUCUUUCCAAUACAGAGGGGUGUAAGACAAGGGUGCCCAUUCUCACCUCUACUCUUCAUAUCUAUUCAAUUCUUAGCAGUUAUAUCAACAUUGAUAAUUCUAUAAGGGUGUGACCAGUUAUGAUGAAAUUAAGGAAGCGCAUUUGGUGUAUUUUGCUACCUUCUAAAACAAUAGUGAACGUAACUGAUUUGUACUGAAUGAAACUCAUGUCAGUAUAUUGUAAUUAUUAAUCAUCUUUAAGUCAAUCUUAAAUAUUUUUAGAGAUUGUUUUUUACUUAAUUGGAAAUGAAUGAAAUUAUAUCACAUAAUACUUUAGUUACUUGAAUUAAAUUUUAAGCUCCGAAAAUGUUAUUCUAAAGACUAUUACAUUUUGGUCCUAAACCACUUCCUAAAAGUGCAUAUUUAAUCAUAUGUAGAAGAGAAAGUGUUUAGAUCUAUUUGUAGUGGCUGUCCUAUAGACAAUCCCAGAAAUUGAUAACACACGAAUUACUUCCCCUGAAUACCUCAGUUGGAAGACUAGUCUGGUAAAGUAUUGCAUGUUACAAGUGAAAAAGUGAUAAAAUUUAUCAUCGGAGGCCCAGCAUAUAGAUCUGGACAAGUUUUAAGGUUGUGAGACCUGAUAAGUUGUUUGACUUUAAAAGAAUAUCUGCCAAAUAGAGAUUAUUUAUUUUUGUAUCUUUAUUUUACAUUCAAGAUGAAAUUUAUUAUUCAUUUUUACAUUUGAGUUUAAAAUUUAUUCUUUGUAUGUUGUUGCAAUGCUUGCAGAUUUUAGACUGGACAGGUUAGUGACGCUAAGUUAUAUUUCAUCUUGUCAUAGUUUUCUUCUAUUAUUUGUCACAUUUUGACUGAUGAAGUGAAGUAAGGAUAAAAUGUUUGAUUGUCAUUAAUAUCAUCGUAGUUUACGCAGUUAAAUGUAAAAUGAAUGUUUGACAUAGUCCAGCUAGGUGAUGUAAACUGUUGCGGUCAUAAGCACUAAAGCUGUGUUUAUAUAGGUAACCGGUAUAAGAAAAAUCUGAGGUGGGGACUGCAUUUAAACAUAACAACAACAAAAGUGAAAACUGGUAAUGAAAAACUUUAAGCUCACCUGCAGAAUCUUGAGUGUAUUCACCAUUUCAAAAAUGUCUAUAAAUGCUUUACCCAUGGGAUAAAUUAAAAUGUCAAUAUACUUAUACCAAAGCUCCAUUACAUGUAUAUAAAACAUAGAUUCUUUUUUUUUUUUUUAGCUCGCCUGUCACAAAGUGACAAGGUGAGCUUUUGUGAUCGCGCAAUAUCUGUCGUCCGUCGUCCGUCCCUCCGUGCGUAAACUUUUGCUUGUGACCACUCUAGAGGUCACAUUUUUCAUGGGGUCUUUAUGAAAAUUGGUCAGAAUGUUCACCUUGAUGAUAUCUAGGUCAAGUUUGAAACUGGGUCACGUGCGGUCAAAAACUAGGUCAGUAGGUCUAAAAAUAGAAAAACCUUAUGACCUCUCUAGAGGCCAUAUAUUUCACAAGAUCUUCAUGAAAAUUGGUCAGAAUAUUCACCUUGAUGAUAUCUAGGUCAAGUUCGAAAGUGGGUCACGUGCCGUCAAAAACUAGGUCAGGUCAGAUAAUAGAAAAACCUUGUGACCUCUCUAAAGGCCAUAUUUUUCAAUGGAUCUUUAUGAAAAUUGGUCUGAGUGUUCAUCUUGAUGAUAUCUAGGUCAAGUUCGAAACUGGGUCAUGUGCUGUCAAAAACUAGGUCAGUAGGUCUAAAAAUAGAAAAACCUUGUGACCUCUCUAGAGGCCAUACUUGUGAAUGGAUCUUCAUAAAAACUAGUCAGAAUUUUCAUCUUGAUGAUAUCUAGAUCAGGUUCGAAAGUGGGUCACGUGCCCUCAAAAGUAGGUCAGUAGGUCAAAUAAUGAAAAAACGUUUUGACCUCUCUGGAGGCCAUAUUUUUCAUGGGAUCUGUAUGAAAGUUGGUCUGAAUGUUUAUCUUGAUAAUGUAUAGGUCAAGUUUAAAACUGGGUCAACUGUGAUCAAAAACUAGGUCAGUAGGUCUUAAAAUAGAAAAACCUUGUGACCUCUCUAGAGGCCAUACCCUUGAAUGGAUCUUCAUGAAAAUUGGUCAGAAUGUUCACCUUGAUGAUAUCUAGGUCAGAUUUGAAACUGGGUCACAUGCCAUCAAAAACUAGGUCAGUAGGUCAAAUAAUAAAAAAGCCUUGUGACCUCUUUAGAGGCCAUACUUUUCAUGGGAUCUGUAUGAAAGUUGGUCUGAAUCUUCAUCUUGAUGAUAUCUAGGUCAGGUUUGAAACUGGGUCAACUGCGGUCAAAAACUAGGUCAGUAGGUCUAAAAUAAAAAAAUCUUUUGACCUUUCUAGAGGCCAUAUUUUUCAAUGGAUCUUCAUGAAAAUUGGUCUAAAUGUUCACCUUGAUGAUAUCUAGGUCAGUUUUGAAACUGGGUCACGUGCGGUCACAAACUAGGCCAGUAUAUAUAAAAAUAGAAAAACCUAGAGACCUCUCUAGAGGCCAUAUUUUUCAUGAGAUCUUCAUGAAUUAGUGAGAAUGUUCACCUUGAUGAUAUCUAGGUCAAGUUCAAAACAGGGUCACGUUCCUUCGAAAACUAGGUCAAUAGGUCAAAUAAUAGAAAAAACCUUGUGACCUCUCUAAAGGCCAUAUUUUUCAAUGGAUCGUCAUGAAAAUUGGUCAGAAUUUUUAUCUUGAAGAUAUCUAGGUCAAGUUCAAAACUGGGUCACAUGAGCUGAAAAACUUGGUCACUAUGUCAAAUAAUAGUAAAAUCGACAUCAUACUCAAAACUUGGUCAUGUGGAACAGGUGAGCGAUUCAGGACCAUCAUGGUCCUCUUGUUUUUAAAAGGGGGGAAAAAAUAUCAUUUUACCUAAAACAUGAUUCGGUCUCUUUGGUUAAAGACUCGAUGCAGUUAGAAAAUUUGUAUGUUUAUUAUCUCAGUUUUAGCACAGUUUCUCCUUAAUUGUAUAUUUAUUACGGUCAUGAUGAACUGGAGCAAUAAAAUUAGAUUUCAUGUAAGUAAUUCUAAGGGGCUUAAAAGGGCUUGAAAUACACAUAAGGCAAAUGUAGUGUUUUCAGACAUGUCAACUGGAAUUACAUACAAAGUGUAAUGAAACAGAUAGCAUUGCAGCUGUUUAUUUGGUAAAAAAAUCUUAAAGUAAAAACAAUGGAAUAAUAUAAACCUAUAAUGUAUCGUUUGUUUUAUAGCCGUUAUUGUGAUCAUUAUGACAUAAUCAUUGAAUGUAUAAAUUGUUGAGAAUUAUAAAAGAAAAUAAACAUGGUUAUCAUUGUAA